CAAAUAUUUAUUUCACAAAAGGAUAUAAAGAAUGCAAAAGGUUCCCUCAUCCGAUCGACUAUUUCGGGAGUAAGUACAAAUCCAAAUGGCAGAUGUGAGAGUAUUUACAUUUUUCAUGCUUUUGUUUGGCUUACAAGUAUCACUCCUCAUUUUACCAUUUCAAGCUGAACAAGCCUGUCUGAUAUCUGCUGACUAUCGCACUGCAGACUGCCGAGGCCAGCGACUGGAUAAAGUGCCUGUAGGAGAACUACCUUCUACCAUUGAGAUCGUAGAUCUAUCUUAUAACUUUCUACAGUUUAUCAGAAAGGAUGAUUUCAUUGAACUGCCUCUCCUCAGAGUCCUCUGGCUUCAGUUUAACAAUAUAUCUUUGAUUGAGGAUGAGGCUUUUCUCAAAAACCUACUACUUGAAGAAGUAAAUCUGUUCAAUAACUCAUUGACUACUAUUCCAUCAAUAGCCCUUGCACCACUCAGCAAGCUGAGAAUUUUAGAGCUUGCAAAUAAUCUCUACACUGAGUCAACACUGGAUGAUGUGUUUUUGAAUUUCAAUAAUUUAAAACUGUUGUCUUUGGGUGGUCCUGUACUCAGCAUUUUGGGAAAUGGGGAUCUUGAUGUGUUAUCGAAUAUAUCUCUGGAGAGGAUUGCUAUUAAAACUGCUUCUAGCUUGGACAUUUAUGAUCCAGGAUAUCUCAAGAACAUCCAGACCGCAAACUUGUGGAUGAAUAUAGCCGUGGAUAACAGGACACAGGCUCUUCCUCUAAUACUAAAAGACCUUGAAAACAAAACAUUUGAAGCCAUUCGUUUCCGUAAUCUCUUUGAGUUUGAGUACUAUACUGACACAGAGGAUCUUUUCUAUGGAUUAAAGUAUAUAAACUCCAAGCAACUGACCUUUCACCAUGGGAAAUUCAGUGAGGACCUGCUUAGAAUGGUUCUUGUGAAUUUAGAAAAAAGUGAGAUUAAAACACUAGGACUGUUCUUCAUUGACUUUGCCCGGUCACAAACGAUAGUGAGUAGUGAGGAGGGAUCCAGUAUGACAAACCUAACACUGGAUAUGUUGGUUUUGUCGGAUAUCAGCAACCCAGACAUCCUACGCUUUGACUGGACUUUUACAUGGUUGAACAACAUCCGUCACCUGCGCAUAAGCAACGUGAAUUUUGACAUUGUACCCUGUGAUGCAUGGGAGGAGAUGAGAGGGGUUGAAAUACUUGAUUUAUCCAAAAACCAUCUUAAGGACUACUUCCUUUUUAACCAGCAAUGUGACUACACAGAUGUAAUGUCAGCACUUCACACUUUUAAUCUCAGCAAUAACAAACUGACCAGCCUUAGCUCCUUUGCAUCUCUUGCUGGGAACUUCAGAAACCUAAAGGUCAUUGAUAUCAGUUACAACCAGUUUGGAUUUAAAGGAAACAGCCCCUGCUCUUGGAUACAGGACAUAACCACAGUCAUCGCUAACCACAACAGUAUGGUUAUUGACAGUUUCGAAUGUCUCCCAACUACUGUAUUGUACCUUGAUCUCUCCUACUGUAAUUUAGACCAGAUAGAUGUGAACUAUUUCAGGAAAGCAAUUUAUCUGAAGGAGGUCAUCCUCAGUGGUAACAAAAUUAAAUUUAUUCCAUUUGAUUGGAAGAGUCAGAAUUUAAGGUCAUUGAGUUUGGACGGAAACUCUUUUGGGGUUAUUAGCAUGAGGUCUUUCAAAGGACUGCCUAAACUGGAGAAACUCAGAGCGGGUAACAAUCCGUACCACUGUACCUGUGAGCUCCAUACUUUCAUACAGGAAACUGCAGUCAAGGGAAACGUCAACAUCACAGACUGGCCAGAAAGCUACAAGUGUUACCACCCUCAAGACCUGCUCAAUACAAUGGUAUCUCAUUAUCUCCCUGGUCAGAUAGUGUGUGAUAUCAGGCUGGUCAUCAUAAUCUCUGUAGUCACAACAGCAGGAACUGUGCUAGCACUCAUGCUAAUAUGUUAUUUCUUUGAUGUUCCAUGGUAUGCCAAAGCUACAUGCAAAAUUCUCAGGUCCAAGUAUAGGUCUCAUAAGGAGGGACUAGCGAAUUCUUGGGACUAUACAUUUCAUGCCUUCAUUUCCUACAGCCACUCAGAUGCAGACUGGGUAAGGGAUGAGCUGUUACCAUGUCUGGAGAACUCCAAGCCCCCUUACCGUCUUUGCAUCCAUGAAAGAGACUUUAUGCCAGGAAAAUGGAUCAUUGAUAACAUAAUUGAGAACAUUGAAAACAGUCGGAAGGUUAUCUUUGUCAUCUCACAGCACUUUGUGAACAGUGAGUGGUGCAACUACGAGCUCUACUUUGCCCAGCAGCGAGCCAUGGGCAAGAACUUCAGUGAUGUCAUACUAGUGGUAAAGGAACCCAUCGAUCCAAACUCCCUGCCCAGCAAGUACUGUAAACUCAAAAAGAUGCUGAGCAACAAAACCUAUUUAGAGUGGCCUACACAACCCAAACAUCAAGCCUUCUUCUGGGCACAGCUAAGGAGCGUCAUGGGAAAACCUAUGGUCUCACAGCAGUUCUCAGCCUCCAUGCGGAAACAUUCCAUAAGAUUGAACACUCUGUCUGUGAUUGAGCUGGCCCAGGAGAAUCAGGAGUCUGCAGAUUCUGGGCCAAAGGUAGAUAAGGCAUCAGAGAUUAAACUUCAGAUUGUAGGAAAGGCCGAAGGUCUUUAAGAAUAAUCUCAGAUCAAGAAUAAUGGACAUUGUGUGAUGGUGAAUAAGUUUUUGGGCUAAGUGCAUGUCACAGUGAUCUUGAAAGUCUUUACUAUUACUGCUUUUCUAUUGGAUGUUGUGGCACUGCUCAGUGCAGAAAACUAACCAUGAUCCCGCAUGAUUCAUUUUUCCACUGCCAAGCAAGCUAUGCUGCAUCUAAUAACCCGUGGUGAAUUUGUUUACUGUUCUUGCCCACAUACAGUGCAGGCCAAGUUGAUAUAUAUACAGAGAGAUGUCAAUUUAAAAGGAAAAAAAAAAACAACACAAACAACUAGUCAUCAGAUCAGGUCCAGUGUUCCUUGGCACAGAUUCUAUAAGUCUCUGGAACUGUACCAGAGGGAUGAGCAGCAUUUCUGCAAAGGAUAUGAAUUAAAUUGUUUUUCCUUUCAUUUGUCAACCAUCCUUUAAAUAGUGCCUAUCACUGAAUGGUCAAACACCAGAUUCAUUGACUUAUCCUGAUAAAUGAAAAAUCACUGUUCUUCUAGCACAGAAUUUUCUAAUAGUGACUAUCAAAGUUUCUUCCUCUUUUAAAAUACAUUUUAAGUAACAGUUUUAUGUAAAAAUUUAUGUCUUUUUUGUCAUUAAUCAAUUUGUAAAAUUUUACAUUUCUUACUUGAGAUACAAGUAAAACAGAAUAUAAUUAAACCCCAUCUUGUGCCCUACAUAGUAUGUUCUAUCAGGAAUCAUUAAUGAGAUUCAGCCACAGAAAAAUACACUGAACAGUUUAUUAGGAACAUUAUACAAAUAUUGGGUAGGGUUUUCCUUUGCUCUCAAAUCAGCUUCAAUACUUGUGGAAUGGACUCCACAAGAUAUUGGAAAAAUUCCUUGAUGAAACCAGUUUGAGAAGACUUUUGCUUUGUGACAUGGUGCAUUAUCAUGCGGAAAGUUGCCAUUAGAAAAUGGGGAAAUUGUGUCCAGGAAUGAAUGCACAUCAGCAGCAGGUAUUAUGGUAGCCAUGUAUUAAUUGGUCCUCUCCAGCCUCAACGUUCUGUUCUUGGCUGUCAAAAGUGGAAGUCUACUGCUGCUGUAGUCUGUCUGCCUCAAGGUUUGAUGUGUUGUACAUUCUGAGAUGCUUUUUUGCUCACCACAGUUGUACAGACUGGUUAUCUGACCUACAGUACUGUACUAUGUCUUUUUGUCAGCUUGAACCGGUCUGGCCAUGCUCCUCUGACAUCUCUCAAUAAGGUGUUUGAGAUUGUUGUGUCUGAAAAUCCCAGGCAGUCAGCAGUUUAAAAAUACUCAAACCAGCCCAUAUGGCUCCAACAAGUAUGUACUAGUCAAAAGUCUUGUAUAUUGUCAACAAUACCUGAAGCUGCUGGCAUGUAUUUGCAUGAUUUUAUGCACUACACUGCUUCCACAUGAUUGUAUGAUUAAAUAAUUGCAUUAAAGAGUAAAUGUACAGGUGUGCAUAAUAAAGUAGUCAGUAAGUGAGCAUGUUCCUUGUGUUUAAUAAU